AUGGGCCCCGACGUCGAGAGCGUCCCGAUGGAGAAGAAGAUCUCGGUCUCGGACACCGAGUGCUCGCACCCCGCUAGCUCGCAGUACCCUCACGAGGAAGUCGGUUCGCACUUCUCCAAGGAGGUGGGCAACACCCGUCUCGAGGUUGUCCUCGAGGACACGUUCGAGGAGGAUGCCUUCUCUCGCCAGAAGGACCUGAAGACGGACGGUGACUACCUCGACUUCCGUACCAUGGGCUGGUUCAAGGCCGGUCUCAUUGCCACUGCCGAGAACAUUGCCAUCGGUAUCCUUUCGUUCCCCUCGAUCUUCAUGCGUCUCGGCAUGGUCGGCGGUGUCAUCACCACCGUCGGCCUCGGCAUUCUUGCGUACAUCAUGUGCUGGAUCCAGUGUGACUUCAAGCUGCGCCACAUGGGUGUCAUGCACUUCGGUGACGCCGGAGGUGUCAUGUUCGGCAAGUGGGGUGCUCGCAUCUUCGGAUGGGGCAUGGUCAUGAAGUCGAUGGGUCUUGCUGGUUCGCACAUCCUUGGUGGCCAGACCGCUAUUAGCUCGAUCUCGGACCACGCCAUCUGUCUCGUCUGGUUCGGUUUCUUCAUGUUCAUCGCUUCGGUCGUUCUCUCGUACGACCGCGAGUGGCACAAGAUGUGGUGGAUGUGCUUCGUCUCGCUCACCUGCAUCUUCACUGCCUCGAUCAUCACCAUGGCUGCUACCGGACACCAGAACCCCAACAUUCUCACCAAGGGCGGUGCCCCCAUCAAGUGGCACGCCUUCGUCCAGGAGCCUACUCUUAUGGACGUCGUCGGAGCUUUCACCAACAUCCUCUUCGGUUACGGCGGUAACAUGGCGUGCUUCUCUUUCAUGUCCGAGAUGCGCAAGCCCAACGACUUCAAGAAGUCCUUCGCCAUGUCGCAGACCAUCGUGUGCUGCUCGUACCUCAUUGUCGGCGGUGUCAUCUACUCUUACGGUGGCCAGUACACCACUUCGCCCGCUCUGACCAUGGGCUCGCACACUGUCCGCAUCAUCGCCUACUCGUUCGCUCUCGUUACCAUCCUUGUCUCCGGUGUCCUCGGUGCCAACGUCGGUGCCAAGUACAUGUACAUCAACACCCUGCGUAACUCGCACCUCCUUACCUCCAAGUCGUGGAAGGCCUGGGGUAUCUGGAUGCUCAUGGUCGUGAUCAUGUGGGUCGUCGGCUUCAUCGUCGCCGAGCUCAUCCCCUUCUUCAACGCCCUCCUCACCAUCAUCUCGGCUCUCUUCUCUGUCUGGUUCAUCUGCGGUGCUGCCGGCAUGCUCUUCCUCUACGACAACCUCCCCGCUCUCGGCAAGUACGCCAAGGAUCCCAAGCCCCGCGACAUGAAGGGAUUCAAGAAGAAGUUCUUCCUGGCCUGCUCCAUCCUCUCCCUCAUCAUCUCGCUCGCCAUGACCCCUCUCGGUCUUUACUCCGCCAUCCAGACCAUCAUCGACGGUUACCGUGACGGUAUCUUCGACCACCCCUUCGCCUGUUAA